AGCACUGUCUAAAUCUUGUCCGAUCUUGUUCACGUAGAUGAACAGUAAACAUGCAUUAUCCCGGAUAAUUUCAGUUGCAUUUUAACUUCAAUUUCUCAUGAUGAUGUUAUGUAAAGAACUAAUUAGUUCAAUGCUGUUCUCGCUAAUAGCUGGAACCAAAGUAGACGUUGUUAAUGUUUUGUUGGAUGCCAGUAGCGUUGUUGGUCCAUUGCAACACUUCUGGGAAAGCACUGGAUUCUGCCCUCCAGAUCCUCACCAAGACUUCCAAAAAUUCAUCUUUACAAACGAUGAGAUGCAGAACUUGGCGUACAUUGGCUCUGUACCUAAAAAGGGAAUAAAACAAGUGCGAAUUCAUUGGCUGUUAGACCUGAUUUCUAUGGAAAGAACAGUUGAUCAGGACGUUGUCUACAACUUUACGUAUCUGGACAACGCAAUUAAGCUGCUUGUUGACAAUGGCUUACGGCCUGGAUUUGAACUGAUGGGAAAUCCAUCUAACUUCUUUUCAGAUUUCGAUGACGUUCAACAAAUAUAUGCUUGGAGAGGUCUUGUAGCAGCCCUAGGAAAACAUCUGAUAGGUGGUGUAACCAAACCUUUAUCCAGUUGAUCAAUCAAUCAAUCAAUCAAUCAAUCAAUCAAUCAAACUAGAAAUUGAUUUAACUACGCUAGCCACACAGUAGCCUGUGAAAACAUCCGUUUCUCCUCGCUCUUCGUCGCUGAGGACGUUUCGCGCGGAGGAAUGUCUGCGACUCAGUCACAGAAAUUCCAUACUGAUGAUGCAAAAUCAAUGUUUACAUAAUAAAUCCGGUAGUCAUGGGGUUCCAAAUAUAAGUAUGUCUAAUUUUGCGUGUCUUCUGGUCGAUUUUGGUAAAGUGUUGUGUUGAUCUGCCCACGAGCUGCAGCAAAACGCAAAUGCUUCUUCUAGAGAAGACUAUAUUCCACAAAUAUUGACUGUUUUGUUAGAGAUUCUUUGUGUUUACAUUUGACCUUUUUGGCCUUUUGUCUUUUGUCUGUCAUUUGUAAACAAUAGCUAAAACAACAUAACUGCUCCGUCGACCAAUCAGCGCUUCUGACUGGAUUCUGGACAGAUUUUACGUCAUCAGUAUGGAAUUUCUGUCGCUGAGUCGCAGACGUUCCUCCGCGCGAAACGUCCUCAGCGACGAAGAGCGAGGAGAAACAGAUGUUUUCGCAGGCUAGCCACACACAACAAAAGCUCAUUUCCAAGUGGGGCGUAGGCAAACACACAUUAUUGAUUUAUUGGUUUGCCCAAUAUUGUAUGUUACGACAUUUUGAUAGUAGUUAAGAAAUAAUUACAAUAUUGAACGGGAAGUCUCAAGGGGCAUAGCCAGCAUUUUUGCAUAGAGGGGUUCCUAAUGUGGUAUUUUUGUCUAGAUUGACAAUCAAUCUUCGGAGGGUUUCCCGGAAAAGUUUAUACUUUAGUCCUCAGAAAUCCCGUUUUGUGAUUCUGAGCACAAAUUUCCAAUGACAGCAGUGCCAAAUAAAGCUAGCUUUUUUCACUUCCAGUGAAGAGAUAGUGUGAUAGACUUUAUAAUGUUUAUGUUGUGGAUUGUUAAUUUUUUAUCUCAGGUAAUUUUUGUUUUUCUUUUGUUUUUGGGUAUAGAAAUGUAUACUAAUGCAGUUGAAACAAAAGAACAAUAAAAAUUCCCUGAGACAAAAAAUUAACUACAACAUAUAUGUUAAUAAUCGUUGAAUACAUUAAAACACACACUGUAGUCCUGUGAUUUGCCGUUUACUCAGUUAGGGUAUUAGCAAGAAAGAGACAUCAUGGAUGCUUAUGUGCAAAGGUGUCGAUUGUUGGCCUUAGGGCCAAUUUGCAUAAUGCAAUGUUCCUCAGAGCAAGUGCAGCGGACUCUCGCUUCAGUCAUGGUUGCCGACAAGUACUGUUUAAGUCUGCACAAUGUGCUAAGCCAUCUCAUUUUCUUUAACAGCUAAAAUCUCAUUCCUCUUGAAACUAUAGCCAGUGCCGCAGCCCAAGGGAGGGUUCCAGAACCCUGGAACCCUCCCUUGGCUAUGCCACUGGUCUCAGAUGACUUUCUGGGCUUAUCCGGGAGACUCCCUGUCAAUUUGCAUCAAUUUUAUUUGAUGACACAGAUGAUUUUGGCCAGGACUUAAGGUUUUACAUCAUCAAUACAAAAAUAAAUAGAAGCAAUAUGGUGUUCACUGUUGGAACAAGUAAACAGUGAUGAAUAAGAAAGUGGAGCCCGCUUAUCCAGUUUUUAAGAUAAAGAUGGGGGCCAGUUUUAAAAUUAACUUUUCUUGACCCUGAGGAUCUCAGUUUGGGCUAAAAGUAAGUGGGUGCCUGUUCCCCCCUCCUGCUUAGGCCCCUCCUCUUGAUCUGCCACUGUUAAAUUUUUAUGGCAGAUAUUAAAAUACUGUAAGAUCCCCAAGAGAGCUUAUGUUUUCUUCAAAUUUUGAAGGAAGUCAGGGAGUAUUUUAAACAAGGUGAGGGCCAGUGCCUUGUAAAUGGUUUGGUGUGUAUUGCAAAGGUUAUUGAAUGCUGACCUUAUCUUAGGGGAAAAAUUGAAAAUCAACACCCCUUUUAAGGCACAUAAACAGAAAAUGGUGAAACAUUAUUUCAUGCUAUUUGGUUCAAACAGGUUGUUUUUUGUCUCUUUUCUUUACCUGGACAUUCAUAAAGCUAGAAUUUGAGGGUAAACAUGGUUCCAAGAUUUGGUUAAUGUUAAGUAUAUCAGGUGUAGUUUAGUUUCAGGUGUUUACAGUGGAUCAGGUCCUGUACUUUCAGGUGCCAUAUCAAAGGACCACUAUCCUGAAAGAUACCCCAUUUAAGGACUGAGCAUCUUGAAAACUGGGUUUAUAGCGUAAAUAUAGGGUUGUCCCAGGACCAAUUAUCAUUGUGACAUCGUAUGGUAGUGUCAUGUUACAUAAUAAUAAACCUUUAUUAUUGUUAUUAUUAUUAUUAUUAUUAUCAUUAUUAUUAUUAUUACUCAAAGACAUAAGAUUAGCAAAAGCCAAGCAAUUAGCUUUUGACUUUCAGUUAGUCAGUCAGUCAGUCAGUCAGUCGGUCUGUCUCAGUUAUUCAGUAGGUAAAAUUCUAGGUGACCAAUAAAUAAUUAUAAAGACAACUUCUGGUUCUAAUAAAGACCAGUUAAUUAAAGGGCAGCUUACUUAAGUUUCCUUCUGCUUUAUAAGGCUUAGUGUAUUUUACUGUCAACUCCCUCCUAACAGACACCUCUUUGUGGUGGCAUUAUUUCCUAAAAUAGACUCUUAGAGUUGAUCCAUGCUGUUUUCCUUUCAUUUUCUCUUAUUCUCUCUGUUACUGGCCUGCAGCUCUCUAAGAUGAUAACCUUUAGCUGAUUCUGAGAGGUGGCUGUAUGAGGGAGAGUUGACUCUAUUUUUAUCUUUUCAUCUCUGUGCAAGCUGCAUGAUUGAAUUUGUAGGAAUCUUUUUUAAAUUGACCAUGCUGCUGUUGUGAUAGGGAAUGUGUUUGCGAUAUCAAUUGCCUAAAAGCAAAGAAUUAACAAUGCAUUAUUUUCUUAAUUUUCUGAAGAGGUCUUUGGUGUAAAAGAAGUAUCAGAGUGGAAUUUUGAAUCUUGGAAUGAACCAGAGAAUGAAAAGCAUUUUGAUGGCCUGCAUGUGUCGACUGAAGGAUUCCUUCGGUAUUAUGAUGCAUGUUCUGAGGGACUUAAAAUUGCCCAUCCUUCUUUGCGCCUUGGAGGACCCGCAGCAGGGCACCCAAGCACAGCUCCAAUAUUUUGGGUAUGUUUAAUCGUUACUUGUGUAUCACUUUUCACUAAUAAGUUAUUGUUUUUCCAUUUUUAGUGCAGGAAACUGUGGACCCUCCAAAUGUGGGUUAACCAAAUAUAACUUGGGUCUCAUGUGGUCCCAUGCCAGGCUGCCCUUUUCCCACAAUCCUUGAAGACAGUAGGUAUUGAUCGUCUCGGUUACAACUUGUGAGGUUGUUACAUAAGUUAGAGUGUCUUUUAUUCCCACCGACUGAGACAAGGCCAUGGGACAAGGCUGAUUUGGGUCUGUAAUUGUCUUUUUUAAUUUCAACUGAUGACUGUUUGAUCAUUUUUGGUUCCUAACAAUAAACUAGUGCAUCAAAUCCUUUUAACUGUACUUUACUAUUGCCUCUACAUGUUGGGUUACUUGAUUAUUGUGUUACUUUGUCAUAUAAUAAACUAAUUGCAUUUCAGUCUUAAAUUAAGAUUUAAUUAUUUACUCUAUCUGGUUUUAGAAUAAGCCAGUUUCUGGAUAAUAACUUCUUUCUUUUCAGACUGUCAUCACUGCAAAUAUAUACAUUUGCUGUGUAUAUUGUGUUACUUAGUCAUGUAUAAUAAAUUAUUGUAUUUCCUUGUUAUUUAAUUAUUUACUCUAUUUGGUUUCAAAAUAAACUAGUUUGUGAAAGGUUUGAACCCAGGAGUCAUUUCAAAAGUAGGUUGAGUUUGAUCAUCCGGGUGAACGUAGUCCUGAAUAGGACUGUUGUUGUUGUUGACAGUGACUGACGUUUCAACAACCUGUGCGGUAGUCAUCUUCAGAGUCAAAGUGAGUUGUUUCACGUCGGUUGAUGGUAUUAUACUCUGGUUAUUGAUCUGAUUGGUCAAUUACGUCGCGAUGUUAUUGUCGUCUGUCAGUUAAGCCGUGAUGUUAUUGGCUAUGAAGACUCGUAAUCAGUAAUUGGUAAUUUUCUGGUUAAAAACUUUUUUUUGUUUCACGCUGUCAUUACCACAAAAAAAUUAAAGCUAAAAGACAAUUUCAAUAUUUUUUUAGUGAAAACUGUGGCUUAAACAGAGCCAUACUUAAUAUCUGUUAUGUUAUAUUAUAUAGCUGCCUUCUGCAUUAGUGGGUAAGAUGAAACAAAGCAAGUCCUGUGUCCCAGUUGGCUACCCUGUACAGACAAGAUGGGUCUAUCUUGCUUGCUAUGGACUGCGUAGACUAUAUAGUAAAUUGUUCAGUCAUGAUCGUUGAUUAUUGGCCGCGAUCCUUUGUUUUGUGCAUUUUUAUGGGCCAAGAUAGAAAAACAAAAACAAAAACAAAACUUGGCCAAUAUUCAGCCAUCUUGAUCUCACUCUUGGUAAAUAAUGCCUAUAGAUGUUUUGAAAUGUUUUCUAAAAGACCUAAAAGUGUGAUUUUAUCUAUUUUUACUUUGUAGACUUUGCUGCAGCACUGUUACAAUGGAACUAACUUCUUUACUGGUGAGAGAGGGGUAAGGCUUGACUUUGUGUCAUUUCACAUCAAAGGCCAGGGACACUCUAUGACCAUUUUACAUGAUGAAUAUGUGACCCAAGAGGAAAUGGCACAAAGGUUUCCUAAGUACAAGAAUGUACCUGUGUACAAUGAUGAAGGAGAUCCACUUGUUGGAUGGAGCAAAACUGAAGACUGGAGAGCAGAUGCAACAUAUGCAGCUAUUGUUGUCAAAGUAAGGAAACUUGAUAUAAGCUCAGUAUAGACUACUGUAACAGAACAGCCUAAAAGAAAUCAUGAUCUUGUAGUUAGAUGCAACACCUUCGAAUUCACAAAUGAAUCAAGGCAAAACAACUUUUAAAGGUACCCUUUCUUGAAGAGAUGGGUUUUUAGUUGACUUUUAAAGGCACUGAUGUCGGCAGCCUUUCUUAAAGAAUCUGGUAGCUCAUUCCAAAGCCUUGGUCCAGGGAUGGGGAACGCCCUAUCUCCGUAAGUCACAGUUCUAGAUCUCGGAACACUUAAAAGAACGAUGGAGUGAACUAAGGUUUCAGCAGAACCUUGAUCUAAGAAUUUUGUAACGUUCCCUAUGUUUCGAAGAUGGUGUUGGGAGGUUUUACAUAUCAUACCUAUGAGUUUAUCCAUUGCCACAUCCUGGUCAAGUAUCACUCCCAAGUUUCUCACAAAGGGCUGGUGACUAAUAGUUUCAACUCUUACUUGAAUGGAAGUGACCAUUGGCCGUCAUCGAUGCUUGGAGCUUAAAACCAGCUCUGUUUUUUUUUUUAUUUUACGGAUCAAGGGCGAAAAGUAGUUGUUUUCAAACCUUAGCCUUGGGCCUGUGUUGCUCAAACCUUGUAGCCACGUCACUCUUGCUAUCACAGCUAGCUCAUACUUUAAAUCUCCCAUUGAUAAUGACAGCGAAGAAUUUAUUUCAUUUGGAUCCUUGGUAAAGUCAUCGCAGUACAUGCUUGUAGCUUAAGGUAUUUAUCAGAUGACAAUUUAUUUUUGCUAUUAGAUACUGGCACAGCAUCAAGAGAUGUUAUUAAAACAUAACUUCAGUAUCAGGUACAAUAUUUAACCAUUUAAGUCCCUACCUUGUGAGCAGAGGUUUCUUUCUUGUAUGGCUUUUAGCGUUUACGAAAUCCUUCGCGUGGCAAAAAACGACAGGGUCAUUAGCAGAAUAGCAAUCUGCUGACUUCCUUUAUUUGAUUCUCGCUAGAUCGUAAAUGAAUUCUGUCGAUGGUAAAAAAUAGCGUUUAGGACAUGCUUUAGGAGCUAUGUCCUAUAGGUGUAACAUCAUUUAGACACUGUAUCUCCUCAGUUCAAUGAGUCUAAAAUUUCAAAGAAAAACCUCCAAAUCGUUCUGCUAUGACUCUGAAGUUUUUUUAUUUUUCGAAGUCCAAAAAAUUCUCACUUCGUAAUAAUUCAAAUUUAAAGUAGUGACUGAACGUGUCUUGGAAUAACUGUUAUUCUUACUCUUUCCAGAUACAGCCUACUAAGUAACGAUAAUGGGUUUAUUGGUUAUCCUCCAUCUUACUUCCGUCAACGCACACUGUUAGCUCGAUUCCAAAUGAACCACUCUCAUCCCAGAAAGGUUGAAUUUUUGAAGAAACCUGUUCUUAGUGCAAUGGGACUGCUGGCUCUGUUAGGCGAUCAACAAAUCAAAAGCCUUGUUACAACUCACAACAGUGACAACGAUGUUGGAGUAAUGGCAUCUGUUCGGAAGCCUCAAAUGUACUCUGACAUUACUGAUUGGGAAUUGGUAGCCAUCCUGUACAACAGCAAUGACACAUCAGGGAGAACUGCUAUUUCACAAGUGAUCGUGUCUGUAGUGAAUUUACCAGUAAAAGAGGAUUUAGUUUUUGUCGUAUAUAAGCUGGAUAAUGCCCGUGGUAAUCCAUAUCAGCUGUGGAAAGAGAUGGGAUCACCUGCGUUUCCUAGUGAUGAUCAGUUUAAUGAGCUUCGUCGUCACCAGGUGAAAAAACCAUGAUAUUUAUUACUUAUGCCUUGCGCUUUUAUCCACUAAAAACAAAACGGGCUUCUUGUUGUUUCGGAAACUAUAUAUUGAGUAGUGUGCUGGUGUGAGUUUUGUUCAGUGUUUUCAGUCCCGCUUUUGGUUAUGUUAUUUGGUGAUUGUACCCGUCCGCAACACCAAGACACCCCAAGAAUAAUCUCUAAUUUUCCAAACUUUGGAAAUAUGAAAAUUAGCAUAAAAUGAUUAGCAUUUUCGGGUAUAUCCAGUUUAGUACCCAGGCGUUCGAUCCCUUACCGGUCACGCGAAAUUUGUCACAUGCCGUCAGCUUUUACAAGUCCCACGCCGCGAGAAGAGAACGCUGAACGCCUUACGCCUGAUGGCUAACUAGAAAAAGCGUCUUUUUUGAAAGUUUUAACUAGUCGAACCAAGUACUUGAUCGUUCGACAGCGUUUUAUUUAGUCGCAAGAUGUACCUUUUAAUUCUUUUAAUUGACAGAAUAGACAGACUGCAGCUAAGCUCGUCAAUUUUCCAUUACUCGUAGCUCGAUACUCAACUCGCAACUCUUAACGCGCCGCUCCCAACUCCCAUUUCCACAUUCUCGCUUUCUAGGCCCACCCGUUUUGAUAUUGUUUUGAAUUGUCACAACAUUGUUUAGAUAUUGAUUCGAACAGUUCCAACAUUGGUAACAUUGUUGCAACAGUUUUUACGCUAAGGAACGUCGGUACAUGCAGAUGGUCUCUUGCCUCGUCAACCCGGGUAUCCAGUGUCGAUGAAUAUCUCUCGUACUGUGUCCUGCGUAGUGUGCUUCCACUUCUUUCAAAUUUGCUAGUCAGUACUGCUGAUUUAUGGAUUUUCCGUAGACAAGUGCUGUACUCUUUGCUCCUUCUUGCCGUGCAUUAUAAUACGAUAAUGUACCUACACUGUUGUUUCUUUUUAAAUCAUUUUAGGAACCUGUCAGAACCAUUGGUCCCAGUAGUCUAUCAUCAAAUCCAUUCAAUAUAUCACUGAAUGUUCCAUUGCCAGGAAUAAGUUUGAUGCAUGUCUGUGCAAAGACUACAGCACCUCCUCCUAAGGUGAUUAAUAACAGUGUUUAUUUAGUGAAAAGUGCUCCUUAUUUGUCUGGGUAUGUUAUCUAUAACAGUAACCGGCUUAGGGAUCCACAAUCCGCUUUCCGGUUUCCCUCUUCGCUGCUACAAGCCAUUCAGUGGAAAUUUUUCUUUUACUUGCAAAAUAGGUUUUCUACAGAACACAGAUUAGAAACCUUUUAAACGUCUUUCUAAAACGGACGGAUGUUUGAAAACGGGUUAGUUAACCUUUUAAUUCUUUUAAAGUUGUUUAACGGAUGCUGGUUUUUCAAAAACAUCUUGGACAACUGUUCAAAUGGUUAAAUUAGAAGGCUUUUUAAAAGAAGAUUGAAACGGAUACUCUGAGUUUUCCAUUUGAAACGAUAAAGCCUUUGUGUACGCAUUUUUUCAGUUAUAGUUCCUCUAAACCUCCUUUCUCUCCUAGCAGAGAUCUUUUGCAAAGGUCUUCAUCAGGGGCAUUUUGGUAAGGUCAUCGGUCAGAAGUUGUCUCGCCCCGCGCUUGUUCUUGUGGUCGACGUAUCGUCAAGUCUAUUUGAUUUUCUCAAAAUGCUUUUAAUCAACGUCCAAAAUGGUCGCAUUUCAUGGCAACAUAGCACGGAUUCAAGUGUGUGUUUCUUAAAAACUGGUCUCCUCCGUAUUUUUUCUAAAUCCUUUAAUAGUAGACCAUAGUACACGUAGCAGGUCAUUAAUCCCAGCGUUUGCGUACAUGAUUUGCUUUGUGUGCACAGGUUGUAGGUAUUAGACUGAUCACUGUGUCUUCUUAUGAGGUGUUAGUGACGUGGACAGAUGUGCCGUCAAGGUAACAAUUGUCAGUUUUAUUCUUCACUGUAACUAUAACUUCAACCGUAAUAGUGAAACCACAAUGCCCAAAACUUGGUGGAAACCGCCAAAAACCGCAGAUUCGGCUUUUUCAAAACAUUUUAUGGAUGUUCUUGUUAAAGUUUAACUAUACGGACUUUGGAGGACAGACAGGGAGCAGUAUGCAGGAUCAAAUGCUGCGACUGCCAGGUCACUAACAUUGGUGAAACCGGCAGAAACCUUGGCACGCGACUGACUGAACAUAAACGAGUGACAAGAAAUGGUGAUGUCAACAAUCACGUUGCUGAACUCCAUUUACAGGCGAAACAUCAAAUCGACUUGGACUCUGCAACAUGUAUUAUUUAUUCUACAGUCUACUCUCAACGACUUGCUUUAGAGCCCUGGUUUACUAACUUAGAGCAAAUGCCCCUGAAUCGUAGUCAACAUUUACCGGCGCCGACAAAACGACUUUUUGACGGACUCAAGCAAAACUUACUACGAGAGAAUGACUGGACAGCCGACAAUUUGACAAUAGACGGAUCGGAACGCACCAAUGACGUCACAGCUCAACUAACAGACGAUCAACAACAUCGCCGCUUAAUUAACCAAUCAGAUCAAUAACCAAGGUUUAAUACUAUCAACUGACAUAAUACAACUCACUGACUGACCGCACAGGUUGUCGAAACGUCAGUCGCUGUCAACGACAUUCCCAUUCAAGACUACGUUUACCCGGACGAUCAUGCUCAGCCUACUUAUGAAAGUUUUAAUUUCUCCAAAAAAUGUACCUUAUUAAUAAUCAACGCAACAAAUAACUAUCAAAAACCGAAAAACCACCUUCCUUUUUUCGGAAAUUUAAAACUGACCAAUGGCAAAAGGAAAACAGCGUCAAUCGCUGCAGCAAAGAUGGCUUUAUUAAACAGCCAACACCAUAUCAUCUUAACGAUUUCAACAGAGUUGUUGUGACGUGAUAUAUUCUCUAAGACUUCCAAACUAACCUGUGUUUGAGAACACCAAUUGUUCAUGAUUCUAGUUGCUGUCCACCAUAAACCCAACACUUCAGCAUUGGUUCCCUUGUCCCAAGCACAUGUUGUACUUGCAUGGCCUGUGCAACAGUAGGCGGGCAUACUUGAACGUUUGUUAUUGUGGUUCGCUUUGUAGAUGCAUUCGCUCCUUUGAAGUUUUAUACUCAGUCAAGAGUUCACAUGGACCCUUCAAUCGAGUAAAUGAAAUCGACAUAAUUUUUACCAGCUUUCAUCAUGUGUUAUCUCAAGGUGAGUUCAUGAGGUGUUAG